AUGCCACGGGUGCAGCCAUAAGAAGACAAAAACAAAAAAAAAAAAAAGGAGAAGAAGAAAAGGUGUGACUUUCAGACGUGGUGACCCCUCAGCCACCAUGCACCAGUCUGCAUCUCCUUCUGCAGAACCACCACACAGCGGUCACGCUUGGGAAGGUGUCAACCUCCAGCCCCAACUGGCUAGCGUGACGUUUGCCACCAACAACCCCACACUCACCACGGUGGCCUUGGAAAAGCCUCUCUGCAUGUUUGACAGCUCAGCCGCCCUCCAUGGCACCUACGAGGUCUAUCUCUAUGUCCUGGUCGACUCGGCCAGCUCCAGGAAUGCCUCUGUGCAGGACAGCACCAAGACCCCGCUCAGCUCGACGCCCCAGGAAACAGAAGGAGGCAGGACUGGUCCCUACAAAGCUGCGGCCUUUGACCUGGCCCCCUGCAGCGACCUGCCCAGCCUGGAUGCCGUCAGGGAUGUGUCCCAGGCCUCGGAGAUCCUGAAUGCAUACCUGGUCAGGGUGGGCAUCAAUGGGACCUGCCUGUCUGACCCCAACUUCCGGGGCCUCUGCAACCCGCCCCUGUCAGCAGCUACGGAGUACAGGUUCAAGUACGUCCUGGUCAAUAUAUCCACGGGCUUGGUACAGGACCAGACCCUGUGGUCAGACCCCGUCUGCACCAACCAGCUCACCCCGUACUCGGCGAUCGACACGUGGCCCGGCCGGCGGAGCGGGGGCAUGAUCGUUAUCACGUCCAUCCUGGGCUCCCUGCCCUUCUUCUUGCUCGUCGGCUUUGCGGGCGCCAUCGUCCUCAGCCUCAUGGACAUGGGCGGUGCGGACGGGGAAAUGACCCACGACUCCCAGAUCACACAGGAGGCCGUCCCCAAGGGGACCUCGGAGCCUUCAUACACGUCUGUGAACCGGGGCCCGCCCCUGGACAGGGCUGAGGUGUACGCCAGCAAGCUCCAGGACUGAGCCGGGGUGCCACUCCUGGCGGCUGCUGUCCCCUGACCCCUCUCCAGGGAAACGGGGCGUGUUGGUGCCGCUGCAGGAAAGCGCUCCAUUAAAUCGUCCGGGAUUCUCGUUCAAUAAAGACUGAGGGAAUGAGUGAGUGAGAAGCUGAGAGCA